AUGUUCGAAACCGAGCUCAAGCGAAGUAGAUACCGCAUCGGCCGCCGCUCACGACACCACUUCAAGCGACUUCAAGAACUCAGAGGUGAUGCUUGGGAAACCGACGAGGCCGCCAAGAUAGCACAACUCCAGCUGGCUGUCGUCAGGAGCAUCAACAUGUACUCAGACUGUGUGACGCGCCUCGACAUUCUCUGCGGAAAUCCAUACGUCUCCGAGACCGGCGUGAAGAGCUGGAGAUGGCUACGGGAACAGUUGCGGGAUCAGUCGGAGCAGGUACAGCUGCUUCUGGACUUUUACGGCAUCCGCGCUUCGGUCGAAGAGAGCAUCUUUUCCAACAGGCAGGCAAAGCAUAUCGGCCAGCUGACGGCUCUGGCAACUUUCUUGUCUCCAGAACAGUACCCUCCCACACACUUUGGCUACAAGAGGUUCUACGAAGACGUCAGCGUACUGUACAGGUCUCUCACGGAAGCUAGUACGCUCAACCUCCGGGGUCUCGAGAACUUUAUCAACCUCAUCGAAUACGACAAACGGCUAUAUCGCCUCGCAAUUGUGGAAUGCCCAGUCCUUCGCAUACCGCAAAACCAUGGCUGGCCGCAUCCCAACCAGUACAAAGCGCGGUUGAUGCGGAAGUUCUUUGACCGGCGCCCGCUGCCAGAGCGGGUCAUUCCUCCAUUUCCGUAUUCUGAUGCCAGCGAGGCAGAAAGAACCGAGACCCGGCAGCAGAUCUUGAGAGAAUAUUUGCGUGUUCGGUCGCACGAAAACAGGGCAUUCGAACCGGGCGAGAAAGCAAACAUCAUUUGCUACGCCAACUACCUCGUCGGGCUUCCGGAUCACGGGCAUGGUUCGCAUCAAAUUUUUUAUUUUGGUGAAUCCGGAAAAGCCAGCAUCAAGUACGUCGAUAGGAAUGGUCCGCACCUGCACCCGAACAACUUCACCGCAACCACCACCAAGCAAUCCAUCCGACCAACCAUGCCCACCUCACCCGCCUCCGCCUCCGCCGCCGCCCCGAGCGGCCCCCCGCCUUUCACCACCAGCACGCAAUACGCAGCGACGCUCGCGGGCACGAAGAAAUACCUGCAAGACGUGAACGCGCUGAUAGUGCUACUCACGCCGCCAGUCUCACCGGCGUCGGGCGCGACGAUCGCGCGCUUCGUGCGACUGGCAACAUCAUCAAACCGCUUCUACGUGCUCGCGCUGGGCCACUUCCCGACGCUGCGCAAGACGCUGAUCCAGGCCGUCAUCGGGGGUGCGAAUGCUGGCGGCGGCGGUCCCAGUACCGACGACGACGACGACUCGGCGGCGGCGCUCACGCUGCCGUACCCGACGAAGAUGCAGGAGCAUCUGCUGUGCUGCUUCCAGACGUACAGGUUGGAGGCCGGAGUGCCGCAUACGCCGAGGAGGGAGGAGGGGCAGGAGGGGAGGGAGGUAGUGAGGGAUGCGUUGCUGGUGGCGUUGGAGGUGGUGAGGCGGUACAUGGGGAAGGAGAGGGACCAGCAGGGCGGCGCUGGGACGGGGCCUGGGUCGUGGGGCGAGGUGUGUGAGGCGGCGGAUGUGAUGGCUGCCCACGAGAGCAUCCACCUGAGCGACACGACCACUAAACGCGUGACCCUCGACCUCAACACAGGCUAUCUUCGCUCCCCGCGCCAUAUUCCGCGGUACCGCCUUUACCCAGGCCAUCCGCUGUACAGGCCAGACUUCGACGAAGCGCACCAUGACGGCAAGAGCAAGGGUUCGAGCAGCGGCGACGAAGGCGACUGGAAAUCCAAGCUGCUGGAGACGACCAUCACGACGCUGGGGUCGGUCGUGAUCCUGGGCGGCGUGGGCUUCGCGUACCAGCGGUACUACAAGUCGCAAGUGCUGUCCAAGAUCGAGAACGCCUUCAACGCGGGCUUCUCGUCGCUGGAGCUGGCGGCGCUGGUGCGGCACUCGGACGGCAAGUCGCCCAUCAACGUGACCGGCGAGCUGCCCGAGGCGGCGUGGUGGAUCCAGCGCGACGAGCAGCGCAUUCUGGACGACAUCCUGGCCGGGCGCGCCCAGGGCCACUACUACCUGCUGACGGGCGAGAAGGGCACGGGCAAGACGAGCAUGCUGCUCGAGGGCAUGCGCAAGGCCAACGGCGAGGGCGUCGCCCUGCUCGAGGCCCACGGCGACCCGGAGAUCUUCCGCGUGCGCCUCGGCAAGGCCCUCGACUUUGAGUUCCACGAGGACUACAUCGGCAGCCUGUUCAGCUUCAAGGGCCCCCGCGACACCACCGCCCUGCUGGACAUCGAGCGCGCCUUCAACAAGCUGGAGAAGGUCGCCCUGAGGCGCCACGAGCAGCAGAAGAGGCCGCUGGUGCUCGUUAUCAACGGCAUUCACUUGCUGCGUGACGACGACGAUGGGAAAGACUUGCUGGAGCUUAUUCAGCAGCGUGCCGAGCUGUGGAGCGCGAGCGGCUUGAUCACGUUGGUGCUGAGCAGCGACGAUUACUGGAUCUCCGAGAGGCUGAUCCAGCAGGCGACCAGGAUGCAGGUGCUGAAUAUCCCGGACGUGCCGCGCGAUGUGGCAGUGGAUGCCCUCAAGCGGUUCAGAUUCAAGUUCAAGGACGAGGAGAUCCCCAACUCUGUCUUGCAUGAGGUGUACAGCAUGGUCGGCGGGAGACUGCGGUUCCUGAAUCAGGUGGCAAGGGCGGAGAACAUGCUUGAGAUGUGCGAAGCCAUCAACCGGAAGGAGAAGAUUUGGCUGUUGAACCAAUGCUGGAUCCUCGGAGAGGAGAUGGACGACGAUGUCAUGGAUCAGCAAAAGUUUUGUGCCGCUGCCAUGGUUCUCGCUUCAGCUCUGGUGGACCUGGAAGAAAACGAUGCUGACCCGACAAGACUACCUCAAGUCGAGGUGCACAAGGCGCGUGAGAUCAUGACGCGUGCAGACUUCCUGCAGCAAAUGGAUCACAUCAAUAUUGUUGCCAUCGACUCCAAUGCCAUGGUGCGCGCAGACUCGGUGCCCAUGCAAAAUGCCUUCCGCGAAAUCUGCAAGGAACCCGGAUUCAAGGAGCACUUGGAAGCUACUGUUGACCGCAUCAGCGCUAUCGAAAGCCUGGGAAGAACGAGGGAACUAGUGCUCAAAGACUUGGUGGGUGACGGGGAGUACCAACUGGCCGUCAAGAAUCCCAAGGGAUACGACUUGGAGACAAUCACGAUGAAGGUGAAGCCUGCACCUGAGGAAUCAUAG